UCCCUUUGCGAAUCCUGGGACUCAGACUCCGGCGAAUAAUUUUUACUUUUGGGCUCUGCUUCUCUAUCUAAACUUUGAAAAUGAAGUGAAAAAGCUUGCAUCUUUGUGUUCUUUACGCCUUGUUAAUGCUAGGCUUCAGUGAAUUGUUGAAGCAAAAUCUUCUCUUUGGCACCUGUUUUUGUUGUUUUUCUCUCUCUAGCACACACUGCCUAUGGGUAUUGAAGAAUCUAGGGUUUGCAGCAUAUCGAAAGGUCUGUUCUGUUCUGUUUUUUUCCUCUCCAGUUUAUCCAUUGAUUUUCUUUCUGCGUUUUUCAGUUUUUGGUUUAGUUUCUUCUGAAUACCCACUUGAUACUGGUCUUUACUCUUUAGACUGCUGUUCUGUUUGAUAAAAUGCUUCCUUUCUUGAAUUCAAUUUCUUGAAUUUGGAUAAAGGUAGUAGAAAAGAAAAACUGGGGUGUUAAAAAGAUGAGAUAUUAGUUACUUGUGUAUGUUUGAAUGGAUGGUUGAAGUUUUACAGUUGAGAUAUGGAAGGAAUUUUAGUGGUUGCAGAGUUUCUUUAGUUUUAUGUCUUAGAUUUUAGGAAUUGGAGUUGUUAUUUUCAUAGAAGAAAAGGAAAUUCUGGGCUGAAGUUAAGAUGGAGGAGAUUGAGGAAGCUAACAAGGCAGCUGUACAUAGUUGCCAUAGGAUUAUUAGUCUGUUGUCUCAACCUCAGGAUGAGAACCAUUAUGGAAAGUUAUUGAUUGAAUCUGGGGAUGCUGUCCAUAAGUUCAAGAGGGUUGUUUCUCUGCUGAAUUCUAAGUUGGGUCAUGCAAGGGUGAGAAAGGGCAACAGGACUCAUACCCCUCUCUCCCCGAAAUUUCUAUUGGAAAACCCCGUCACUGGAAAUGAUGAUCGCCCCAAAGCCCUUCACCUUCUCCCAAUCAAUUCACUUGAAAUCCUAAAUCAAGAAAGGAGUUCUACUGUGAAUAGUGCUCUCACAUUGGGGAACCCCCUACAUGGUAAAAGCCCUAUUCAAUUACCCCAUUAUACUUCAAUGACAAACUAUCGGUUCCCUCAACAACAACAAAGGUAUGAGCUUCAGCAGCAACAGCAUCGCCAUGGAGAAAUGAUUUGUCGUCAGUCCAGCAAUAGUGGAAUUAGUCUAAAUUUUGAUAGCACUACUUGCACACCUACCUUGUCCACUACACGGUCUUUUAUAUCCUCGCUGAGUGUUGACGGGAGUGUUGCGAAUAUGGAUGGGAGUGCUUUUCAUUUAAUCGGGGCCUCUUGCUCUGGGGAUCAGAGUACAUUUCAACGCAAGAAAAGGUGUUCUGGUAGGGGAGAGGAUGGAAGUGCGAAAUGUGGAAGCAGUGGCAGGUGCCACUGUUCAAAGAAAAGGAAACAUAGGGUAAAAAGAUCUAUAAAAGUUCCUGCUAUCAGUAACAAGCUUGCUGAUAUUCCCCAAGAUGAGUAUUGUUGGAGGAAGUACGGCCAGAAGCCAAUCAAAGGUUCUCCUCACCCAAGAGGAUACUACAAAUGUAGUAGCAUGAGAGGCUGCCCUGCAAGGAAGCACGUGGAAAGAUGUUUGGAAGACCCUUCGAUGUUGAUUGUUACUUAUGAAGGAGAGCAUAAUCAUCCCAGGUUGGCGUCACAAUCAACAAACACAUGAAACUCGAAUAACUGGUGGCGAGUUUCAUAAGGAUAUGACGAACCCUUUAAACUUUGUGGUUGGUUUAGGCUAUUACAUAUCAGUGUACAGAUUUUGCUUGUUUAGAGUUGGGGGAAUUAUGGUUCAAAGGUAUAGGCUUUUCCUUCAUGGUAUUGGAAAGGUAAAAUCUCAUGGCAAAAAUUUUCUUAUGGAAAGCUCAAAGCUAUUUUGUUGGUAGUGCAAUUGAAUUGUUCCUGUUUUUUACUUGUGUAGAAUGAGGAUGCUAAAUGCCUAUUUAUUUA